UAGAGGCAAUCAUGAGUGAUCGAAAAGCAGUGAUUAAGAAUGCGGACAUGUCAGAAGAGAUGCAGCAAGACGCUGUAGAGUGUGCUACGCAGGCCUUGGAGAAGUACAACAUCGAGAAGGAUAUCGCUGCUCACAUUAAGAAGGAGUUUGACAAGAAAUACAAUCCCACUUGGCACUGCAUCGUGGGAAGGAACUUUGGCAGCUAUGUGACUCAUGAGACCAAGCACUUCAUCUACUUCUACCUCGGCCAAGUCGCUAUUCUUCUUUUCAAGUCUGGGUAGAACCAAGGACUGUUACAGAACCUUGCAUCUGGUUACAGGACUGUGUGCUGACUCCUGACUAGUUACUGCAGCCUUCCUGAGGACACAGACCUUGAUCUUCAAGGCCGAUGGCAGGGAUUAUGCUAUAGCAGAUGAUGUUACAUUGUGGAUAUAAAAAGGAAAAAUACCAAAAAA